UGGGGGUACCCGUAGUGUUCUUUGGAGUUCUUUGUGGUAAAAAGACGCAUCCUCUGAUUACCUAUGUUUCAUUUUGCGACAUGGUGAAAAUAGCUUUACAGUUGAAGGUUGAUUUGGAGAACUUAACAAAUUUUCGAGCAGAUGGAGAUGACUUCCGAUGGUACUUGAGAUUGCAGUGUUCCAAUUGCAAUGAAGAAACAUCAGAAUUUCAAUACUUAUCCCUAGCUGAAACGGUGCCAGUGAAAGGUGGAAGAGGCCAUGUGAGUUUACUGAUGAAAUGUAAACUCUGCAGUAGAGAGAAUUCUAUAGACAUAUUGAAAGAUUCAAUAAAACCUUAUCGUGAUACAGAUUCGGGGAGAUUUGCUACAGCUGUUGUUUUUGAUUGUAGAGGAUUGGAACCUAUCGACUUCUCACCUAGAGCAGGCUUUGUUGCUGAGGGAGUAGAAUCUGGCACGCCAUUUACAGAGAUAGCUUUUAACGAUGGGGUAAGAAUUGAACUUCAAGUUGAAUUCAACCAGUACAUUCUUGUUAUUAAUACUAAAGGACUUUAUACAUUUAAUAAGGGCACUAUUUGCCCACCAAAAUUACAUUUAUGAUAUUGUUUUGUAUUUUGUCCAAGGAUCCCAAUGCAAGUUACAUGUAAUUGUUAUUUUCAAUUUGAUAAAACCAUGUACAUGUAUUAUAUAUAUACUCAUCAAUGUUUCGUUUUUCGAUACUGUGGAUUUCACAGUGUGAUCCGAUUUUCCGGAUCACUACACCGGGUUUUCUGAUUCCAUAUCGGUAUCCUCUAAAACUAAUGACAACACAAUGCAUCAUUUUUUUUUGUGUGGAAAAUAUCGACCACAUCACAAUCAAAACGUCGUACACAAAAUACAAUUUCACGGUACGUGUUUUUGAUAAUUUGGAUUACAUUUAUUGUCUUUUAAAUGUGGAUUUAAAAAUACAUAAAGGGGUAAAUGAUAAAUUUAUCAUUACUACAGUAACUUGAUCUGAAGAGUUGGAUAACGUCUUGUUAUCAAGCGCAGAUCAUCAGAUCAAACUUGACGCUUUGCGUCUUGUGUGAUCUGAUGAUUCGUGCCUGUCAAUUUGACGUGAUCCAACUCUUCGGAUCAAGUUACUGUAGUAUAUAUAUAACUCAAAUUACGACAUCAUGAGCAUGACAUUUUGCUGCAAUUUGUGGUAUCUUGGCAUAAAAUGGCUAUUUUUCAUAGUUUUUCUUUUAGGACACAUUGAGCACAGGCUUAGUCAAACUUCAUAUUAAUACAACAGAUUUAUAUCUCCAGUACACAUGUGAUAGAAAAAUACAAAAAUCAGCAUUUUUUCUAAAAUUUAAUAGAUAUGAGAAAUUGUGCCACUCCAAAUAACUGUAAAUUUCACAGAGAAAUUACACAUGUAUUUGGACAUGACCUCCUUAUGAGAUAAAGCUGUCAAAUUUAGAGGGCUUUUGGGGGGGGGGGGGGUUAUCAUACUAUAAAUAGUACAACAUAGCAGGUACAAAAGUACACCUAGAACUGGCUAUGGAGAUUAUUGAAUAAUGGGCACAUUGUUGCAAUGGAAAUGUAUGGGAGUACUUAGUGUAUGGAUAUUGGAAACAUGUGUCAGGGCACCUGGUGAUGAGUAUGGGAGUCCUGUGGCAGAGCACCUGGUGAUUUGUAUGGAAAUCCUGUGUCAGGGCACCAGGUGAUGUGUAUGGGAAUCCUGUGUCAUGGCACAUUGAUGUGUAUGGGAAUCCUGUGUCAGAGCACCUGGUAAUUUGUAUAUGAAUCCUGUGUCAGGGCACUAGGUGAUUUAUAUGAGGAUCCUGUGUCAGGGCACCUGGUGAUGUGUGUGGGAAUCCUGUGUCAUGGCACAUUGAUGUGUAUGGGAAUCCUGUGUCAGAGCACCUGGUAAUUUGUAUAUGAAUCCUGUGUCAGGGCACUAGGUGAUUUAUAUGAGGAUCCUGUGUCAGGGCACCUGGUGAUGUGUGUGGGAAUCCUGUGUCAGGGCACCUGGUGAUGUGUAUGGGAGUCCUGUGUCAGAGCACCUGGUGAUUUGUAUGGGAAUCCUGUGUCAGGGCACCAGAUGAUGUGUAUGGGAAUCCUGUGUCAGGGCACAUUGAUGUGUAUGGGAAUCCUGUCGGAGCACCUGGUGAUUUGUAUAGGAAUCCUGUGUCAGGGCACCUGGUGAUUUAUAUGGGGAUCCUGUGUCAGGACACCUGGUGAUGUGUAUGGGAAUCCUGUGUCAGGGCACCUAGUGAUGUGCAUGGGAAUCCUAUGUCAGGGCACCUGGUGAUGUGUAUUGGAAUCCUGUGUCAGAGCACCUGAUGAAUGUGUAUGGGAGUCCUGGGUCUGACUCUGUCUAGACAACAGUUAUCAUUCUACUUUUGAUCAUAAAGAUCCUAAUAUUGUAGCCAGUGACCAAUAAGUUUAUGGUAUUGGAUUGCAGAUUAGAAGCACAGGCCUUAAACUUUACAUUUUAUUUUAUUCGGUAAAAAGCUCUAUAGAGCUUAUGUUAUUUGUGUUUUAUACAUGCCGAAUUGAAAUAAAGUUUUCUUAUCUUAUCUAAUCUUACAUCAAAUUAACCAGACUAAGUCAUAAGUUAGAAUUUUUCAAGAAAAAAUUCAAAAUUUCCAUGCAAAAGUUUAAAUUGAAUUUGUUUUGCUUUGAAAUUCCUUCCUAUUGUCCAGAUAUAUAUAUUCCAGUGCACUGUUGUAUAGAAAAUGUUUGUUUCUUUGUAGGACCCUGACUGGGUAGAUUACGAUGAACCAGCUAGCCAAUCAGUGGGCGUGUAUAACAUAGAACACAAGUUUGUGGUGGUGAAAUAGGUCCUGUGUCCGUGUAUUACUGUUAUGUGAGAACAUGUAAAAUAAAAGUGGGUCAUAAAACUAA